AUGGCCGCGGCCACGGACGCCCCCGAGCUGGCCGUCAGCGAGCGCGCGUGCGGCGCAUCCGCGGGCGACGCCGUGACGCACGGGAAGCCGGCCUCAUCCUCGGGGUGGUUCACGAAGAAGCCCCUCACAAAAGUGCUGGGGCUCAAGGGCGGCGAGGCGCAGGGGGUGGUCACCGAGGGCAAGAAGGCGGAGCUGCUGCGGGGCGUGGGCGAACUCGACGAGGCGGGCAAGAAAUUCUGCUCCGACAAGACGCUGGAGCGGUACCUGCGCGCUCGCAAGGGCGACGUCAGGAUGCGUGGCUGCAGUGUUGGGGUUGAAAUGUGA